AUGAGCAGUAGCAAGAAAUUGGCUGGUCUGAGAGACAAUUUCAGUCUGCUGGGCGAGAAGAAUAAGAUCUUAGUCGCCAACAGAGGUGAGAUUCCCAUCAGAAUUUUUAGGUCCGCCCAUGAGUUGUCCAUGAGAACCAUCGCCAUAUACUCGCACGAGGAUCGUCUUUCCAUGCAUCGGUUGAAGGCGGAUGAGGCAUACGUCAUCGGGGAAGAAGGUCAAUACACGCCCGUGGGUGCGUACCUGGCCAUGGACGAGAUCAUCGACAUUGCGAAGAGGCAUGAGGUAGAUUUCAUCCAUCCAGGUUAUGGGUUCUUGUCUGAAAAUUCGGCAUUCGCCGACAAGGUGGUGAAGGCAGGCAUCACUUGGAUUGGGCCUCCCGCUGAAGUCAUUGACUCCGUGGGUGACAAAGUCUCAGCCAGAAACUUGGCCGCUAGGGCCAAUGUGCCCACCGUCCCCGGUACUCCAGGCCCCAUCGAAAGUGUGCAAGAGGCACUAGAUUUUGUCAAUGAAUACGGCUACCCAGUGAUUAUUAAGGCCGCGUUUGGCGGUGGUGGUAGAGGUAUGAGAGUCGUUAAAAAGGGCGACGAUGUGGCCGAUGCAUUCCAGCGUGCCACGUCCGAGGCCCGUACUGCCUUCGGCAACGGUACCUGUUUUGUAGAAAGGUUUUUGGACAAGCCAAAGCAUAUCGAGGUUCAAUUGCUGGCCGAUAAUCACGGAAACGUGGUUCAUCUUUUCGAAAGAGACUGUUCCGUACAAAGAAGACAUCAGAAGGUCGUCGAAGUGGCUCCAGCAAAGACUUUGCCGCUCGAGGUCCGUGACGCUAUCCUGACGGACGCUGUCAAGCUGGCCAAAGUAUGUGGCUACAGAAACGCAGGUACCGCCGAAUUCUUGGUCGACAACCAGAACAGACACUAUUUCAUCGAAAUCAAUCCAAGAAUCCAAGUGGAGCACACCAUCACCGAGGAAAUUACUGGUAUUGACAUCGUUUCUGCACAAAUUCAGAUUGCCGCAGGUGCCUCUUUAACUCAAUUGGGCCUGUUACAGGACAAGAUCACUACCCGGGGGUUCUCCAUUCAGUGUCGUAUCACCACUGAAGAUCCCUCAAAGAACUUCCAACCGGAUACGGGGCGUCUGGAAGUCUAUCGUUCUGCCGGUGGUAAUGGCGUUAGGCUGGACGGUGGCAACGCUUAUGCCGGUGCCACUAUCUCUCCCCAUUACGAUUCUAUGCUGGUCAAAUGUUCAUGUUCCGGUUCCACCUACGAAAUCGUUCGCAGGAAAAUGAUCCGUGCCUUGAUCGAAUUCAGGAUCAGAGGUGUCAAGACCAAUAUUCCCUUCCUUUUGACUCUUCUGACCAAUCCAGUCUUCAUUAAGGGCACAUACUGGACAACUUUCAUCGAUGACACCCCACAACUGUUCCAAAUGGUCUCAUCACAGAAUAGAGCACAAAAAUUGCUGCAUUACUUGGCAGAUUUGGCUGUCAACGGUCCUUCUAUCAAGGGCCAAAUUGGCUUGCCGAAGUUGCAGUCUAACCCAAGUGUUCCUCAUUUGCACGAUUCUCAAGGCAAUAUUAUCGACGUUGCAAAAGCCCCUCCACCUCCCGGAUGGAGGCAAGUGCUACUAGAAAGGGGACCAGUUGAGUUUGCCAAACAAGUAAGGCAAUUCAGCGGCACUCUAUUGAUGGAUACCACCUGGAGAGAUGCUCACCAAUCUCUACUAGCAACAAGAGUAAGAACUCACGAUUUGGCUACAAUCGCUCCAACCACCGCACAUGCUCUUGCAGGUGCUUUCGCUUUAGAGUGUUGGGGUGGUGCCACAUUCGAUGUCGCUAUGAGAUUCUUGCAUGAAGACCCAUGGGAACGUCUAAGAAAAUUGAGAGCUUUGGUGCCCAACAUUCCAUUCCAAAUGUUGUUGCGGGGUGCUAAUGGUGUGGCUUACUCUUCUUUGCCGGACAAUGCUAUUGACCAUUUUGUUAAGCAAGCCAAGGACAAUGGUGUCGAUAUAUUUAGGGUCUUUGAUGCUUUGAAUGACUUGGAGCAGCUGAAAGUCGGUGUGGAUGCCGUCAAAAAGGCCGGCGGAGUUGUUGAAGCCACUGUCUGCUACUCAGGUGAUAUGCUUCAACCAGGUAAGAAAUACAAUCUCGACUACUACUUAGAAGUUGUUGAUAAGAUUGUUAAAAUGGGUACUCAUAUCCUGGGUAUCAAGGAUAUGGCGGGUACCAUGAAACCAGCUGCUGCUAAGCUGCUAAUCGGUUCUUUGAGGACUAGGUAUCCAGAUUUACCGAUUCAUGUUCACAGUCAUGACUCUGCUGGUACCGCCGUUGCGUCCAUGUCUGCAUGUGCCCUUGCAGGUGCAGAUGUUGUUGAUGUAGCCAUUAAUUCGAUGUCCGGCUUAACUUCUCAACCGUCUAUCAAUGCUUUGUUGGCUUCGUUGGAAGGUAACAUAGACACAGGUAUCAACGUUGAACAUGCUCGUGAAUUGGACGGCUACUGGGCAGAAAUGAGAUUAUUAUAUUCUUGUUUCGAGGCAGACUUAAAGGGUCCAGAUCCAGAAGUUUACCAACAUGAAAUCCCAGGUGGUCAAUUGACUAACUUGUUAUUUCAAGCUCAACAAUUGGGUCUUGGCGAACAAUGGGCUGAAACUAAGAGGGCCUACAGAGAAGCUAAUUACCUACUGGGUGAUAUUGUUAAAGUUACCCCAACUUCCAAGGUUGUCGGUGAUUUAGCACAGUUUAUGGUGUCAAACAAGUUAACCUUGGACGAUGUAAAACGUUUAGCAAAUUCUUUAGAUUUCCCUGACUCUGUCAUGGACUUUUUUGAAGGUUUAAUUGGUCAACCAUACGGUGGAUUCCCAGAACCAUUAAGAUCUGACGUAUUAAGAAAUAAGAGAAGAAAGUUGACGUGUCGUCCCGGUUUAGAAUUAGAACCAUUCGAUCUUGAAAAAAUUAGAGAAGACUUGCAAAACAGAUUCGGUGACAUUGAUGAGUGUGAUGUCGCUUCUUAUAAUAUGUACCCAAGAGUUUAUGAAGACUUUCAACAGAUGAGAGAAACGUAUGGUGACUUGUCAGUGCUACCAACUAAGAAUUUCUUAGCUCCAGCAGAACCAGAUGAAGAAAUUGAGGUCACAAUCGAAAAAGGUAAGACUUUGAUUAUCAAGUUACAAGCCGUUGGUGACUUAAACAAGAAAACCGGUCAAAGAGAAGUAUAUUUCGAACUAAACGGUGAAUUAAGAAAGAUCCGUGUUGCGGACAAGUCUCAAAACGUGCAAUCUGUUGCUAAACCAAAGGCUGAUGCACAUGAUACCCAUCAGAUUGGUGCACCAAUGGCGGGUGUUAUCAUAGAAGUUAAAGUACACAAGGGCUCCUUAGUGAAAAAGGGCGAGUCAAUUGCCGUCUUGAGUGCGAUGAAAAUGGAAAUGGUGGUCUCUUCUCCAUCAGAUGGUCAAGUUAAGGAUGUUUUCAUUAAGGAUGGUGAAAGUGUUGAAGCAUCAGAUUUGAUUGUUGUUUUAGAGGAAGAAACUCAGCCUCCUUCUCAAAAAAAUUAA